AUUAUCAAUGUCAAACAUUAUCACAUGUGGUUUUGCGUUUGAAACACAUUGUCUAAAGUUUUUAUUUUAGAUAUUUCUAGUUAAAGUCGUAUGUUCUUUUGGGCAUUUAGCUAAAUUUAAAUGAAUUAUUUUGUAUUGAAUAUCGUAACCUGCAAAUAAAUUUAAUGACCAUGAAUUUUGCACAUUUAUAUAAAAGUGCCGCCGAAACAACUGUUAAAUUAAUUACUACAAAUGACAAAAAUGGUAAAUCGAAAAGGAAAAAAUUGAAAUCAAAUUUAGUAACACCGGACACAGCAGAAGAAAUAGAUGUAAACAAUGCAGACGAAAAUCAACCUUUGAAUAAUGUAUCAAAUAAAAAGGCUAAAAAAAAGGAUAAAGCCAAAUCAGCACACGUCAAUAAUCCGGAGGUUGUCACGAAUACAGAAAAUGGUGAAAUAAAACCAAAGAAACGUAACAAAUCGGUUAGUUUUAUGUUGGAGGACAAGGAAGAGGUUGCUGUUAAAAAGACCAAAUCAGAUGUCACAGCUACUCAUAAACAAAGUACAAAUAAUGGUGAGAAUCCAAGAAAACAAAAGAAGAACAAAAAGACUCAAGGGCAAGUGAAUGAUGAUAUUAAAUUUAAUACAAAAGAUAUUUCUUCAAAUACCCAUGAAAAAACGAAGAAAUUAAAAAGAAACAUAUAUGAAAAAUUAGACAAUGAAGACAGUGAUCCCAUGAAAAGGAAAAUAAAUAAAAAGGCAAACAAAAUUUUUAAGGGUAAAGAAUCAGGUGACAGUAAUACUGAAAAUGUUAAUUUAGUAAGCAAAACUCAAGAAACAAAUGAAAAUAAAAAGAAGAAAAAGCAACAUAAAGAAAUAGAAACAGAUGCUGGUUUAAGCACAUCUGAUAAAGUACCUUCAGUUGAAACCAAAAAGUCUAAGAAAAAGAAGCAAAUAGCAAAAGCACAAAAUGAAACAAAAAUUGAGGAAGAUAAUGAAAAUAAACCUGAAGUAAUUGUGGGAAAUCUUGAAAACCUCAGUAUUGGAGAUAACACACAUACAUUAUCAAACCUUCUUGAUGAAAUGACCGUAGUUGACAGAAACGAAAAAAAGAAACAAAAUAAAAACAAAAUUAAUAAAAAGAAAGACAAACAUCCAGCAGAAACUUUAGAAGAAAUUGAGGAAAGCAAGAGAGAGAAAUGGCAGAAGAAAAGAUGGAAUAAAGGGAUGAGAGGGAAAGAUGACCCUGAUAAAGGCUUGCAUCCUGUAAAUAUAGAAAACCUACCAAUUAGUAUAAUUUUGAACUAUAAGAAAUUGUUAGCUGAACACUUUGCAAAAUGCGGAACUGUAAGGAGAAUUGGUAUAGCACAGAUCUACCCCUCUGACAGUUCUAAGCCAGUUUUCCACACAACGGUUUAUUUUGAUACUUCAGCUGAGGCUACAAAGGCAUUGGAAGAAGAUAACUCGUCUUUCGAAGGGUCAACCAUCAGGGUAUUGCGGCCAUUCCCUACAAUAGAGACAACUGCGGUGGUGCGCACAUAUGGCCCACUCAGUGAACAGAUCAUUAGCACCAUAUUCAGUAAUGUGGGACGUAUACGUAGGAUCAGACAUCUUAUAAAGGGAAAAAAAUCUAUGGCGACAGCAUUCGUAGAGCUGGACGAGCCGGAGGCGGUGGAACGCGCCAUCAAAAUGGCGGACGAGGUGAAAGUCAAAGGCAAGAAGGUACAUGUCUCCAAGUUUGAGCUGCAUCAGAAGCCAAAGAAAGACAAGAAAAAGCUAAAAACAAGAGAUAAAGUUAAUGACAAGAAACCAGAAGUAAAUGAUGAAGAAAGUGAUGAAUCAAAUGAUUAAAUUACAUUUUGUAUAUUUUUUUUUAAUUCCAAUAUCGCAAUAGAAAAUUGGAUGAUAUUAUUUGUCAAUCUUCUGUUGAAAACCAUGACCUAUAGGUCAUUUUCAAUGGAUUAUAACUUUAUGCAUUUGUACAAAUUAUGUGCCUUUAAAUGUGACUUAUUAAAUUGUUUUU